AUGAUAAGAAAUUGGAGAGGAACUGGAAAAGUAUCUUAUCAAGAUAUCAUCAGCCUAGAAUCCCACUUUGAAAAGGGAGAGGUGUUCCCAUUUCUAUCAUCUACUAAGAACUCGGCUGUGAUUGAUGAUCCUGAGAUCAAAAGGGAAUAUGAAAAGAAGGAUGAAAGAGAUGAUCGGAUUGUUGCUAUGAUUAAAGCCAAUCAUCACUGGAAGCAUUUCGUUUGGGAAGUCGAGCCUUUGCCAAGAAGUACGGUCCUUUUUGAUUCAGAAGAUGAUGUAGAAGACGAAGAUGUCAGGGAACCGCCUGUUGUUGCAGAGAAACCGAGAGUUGAAGCCAACAAGGGGAAGCGUAAGCUAAAUGAUCCUGGUGCCGAGUCUCGAAAGAAACAACUACUUUGUCAACGGGAAUUUGAACAUAAUACUGGUGUCUCUGGUGAAAUGAAGUCCAUUAUUGAGGGUAUGUUCACCUCUUUCAAGGAGAUGGCGCAGAAGGACCUCCAAGAGCAUUUUGACAAGGUCGACACUGAGGUGGCUCAUAUCAAAGAAAAAGUGUCUCAGAUUACGGGUUCUUCAGAUUCAGUGGGGAAAAGCAAAGCAGCUGAGAUUCCGACUCCUUCAGAACCACUUUCGAAAGAUCAAGAAACAUCAUCACAGAGUUCGGGUCCUUCAGCAACACUUGGGGAAGAUCAAGCCAAAUCAUCUCAGAGUACACGUCCUUCAGCAGGAAAAGGAAAAGGCAAUGCAGCUGAGAGUGCGGAUCCUCAUCCGCUUCGUCGUAGUCCUCAGACAGUAAGAAAGGUAAUCAAAACUUGA